AUGUCUCCCCGGCCAUGGCGGCACCGCUUCUCGCCGAAGUCGCCAAGUUCGGCACGGCGUUCGCCCGACGAGCCUACGGCGACUGGACUGGCAACAGUCUUCGAAGCUGGAAGGAGCAGCUGCUUUACGCAGUCGAUUCAGCCCGUCCAACAAUUCGCGUACACGUCGGGCAAAAAUGCGACCGACUCGGCCAUGAUUAUCGACGCCAUGGACCUGCUGUACACAAAUCGCUUCGACGGUUUCUGCUUGGCAUCGAGUGACAGCGAUUUUACCCGUCUGGCGGCCCGCAUCCGCGAGUCGGGCCUGGUCGUGUAUGGCUUCGGCGAGCGCAAGACGCCGAAGCCAUUUGUCGCAGCGUGCGACAAGUUUACUCACUUUGAGAACAUUCUCUACAAUGACGAGCAGCUCGUGGCCGUGCAGCCGUCAUUGCCAGCGGUAGCUACAGUGCCGACAGCUAAGGCGAACAACAGCAAUGCUGUUCUGGCUCAGCGAUCGUCACAAGCAGUGCCGUUAUUGAAGAACGAGGCCCAACUGGCAAAGCAGUUGCGCAUGGCCAUCGAGGCAGCUUCAGACGAAGAAGGGUGGGCCAACCUAGCCAAGGUUGGCGGUCUCAUCACGAAGCAGCAUCCCGACUUUGAUCCGCGAACGUACGGCUUCACCAAGCUUAGCGAACUCGUCAUUGCGACCGAGUUAUUUCACAUCGACAGACGGAGCCCAGGUGCUGGAAAGCCAAUGGUCAUCUACGCUAGGGACAAGCGGCAGCGGCGUUUCGGCGCACUUAGUCAAGGCUCUUGA